GUAGGUUCAAUGCAUAUUCAUUAAGCUUACCUUUGUCGAACGGUUUCUUACUUGAAUAUGAAAUUAAUCCGAACUAUCAGUAGGUGCUAAUAAUUGUACUAUGUGAGUCGAUAAAUGCCGUAGAAAUGACGAAUUUCGCUGUGAAAGAAGUGUCGAAUCAUAAUUCACGUGAAUCCUUAUGGCUCAUCAUACACGGAUCGGUGUACGAUGUUACUAAAUUUCUACACGAGCAUCCAGGUGGUGAAGAAGUAUUUUUAGAUGCCGCUGGUAACGAUGCCACCGAAUGUUUCGACGCUAUAGGCCACACCACCGAAGCGAAAUCUUUGAUGAAGAAAUUCAAAAUUGGCGAAAUUUCCAAACAUCCUGGAGGCGAAGAAGUACUUUUAGAACAAGCUGGAAAAGACGCAACCGAACAAUUCGAAGAUGUAGGCCAUUCCAGUGAUGCCCGUGAAAUGAUGACAAAAUACAAAAUUGGCGAAUUAGCCGAGUCCGAUAGAAAAAAAGAAGCUCCGAAAGAAAAACCGAAAUGGGAAGUUACCGAUAACGAUACGUCAAGUUGGCGCUGCUGUUGUAUUUUGUAGCACCUCGAAGAUAAUAAAUUUUCCACCCGGCUCAUGGACGGCCUGGGUCAUUCCAGCCGCAUUGGCGAUCGCUGCCACCGUUAUAUAUAGAUUCUUCUUUGCCAAGUGAUGACUUCUAGAGGAGAAUUUUUCGAUAUUCCACAUUUGUUUUAAUUACAGCUAUAUUUUAUGAUUUUUUUUUCUUUUCCCGACGUAUUCUUUCAUUUUUUAAGAAAUUUUAUUUGAAUUUUAAUUUUCGUAUGUUUAUUUUCUUUUAUUUAUUUCAUUCAAUAAUAUAUUAUUCGAAACAGCGAAAAAAAAGAAAAAAAAUAGAAAUUGGGAAUAGGCAUAUUAAAAUGAUAUAAGCAUGGGUUGUUGUAUUAAGUUUUUAUGUUAAUAUUUUUUUACAAUUGUUGAAAAGAAACUGAUUUUUUUUUUGUAUGAAAUUUAAACCAAUGGUUGGUAUUUUCGCGCGCAAAAUUACCUUACCAAUUUUUUUAUUUUAUAUUUUUGUUUUUCUUACGUUAAAUUAAAACAUGUAAUAUGAAAUAUCCAUUUCAAGGGAACAAAUGUAUACAUAAUGUGUUAAAUAUUCAAAGAGAAAAAAAAGUUGCAUUUUAUUAUGUGAUACUAAUUACCUAUACAGACUUAGUAUUAGCAUAUCGUUCAUCUUUAUUACCAUGGAAUUGGUCGUGAUAGAUGUUACGAAAUAGGGUAGUUAAUAGAGUUAUACGUAGUAUACUGUAUUUGAUUCGAGCAGAUUUUUUUACAAAGCAAUAUCAUAUUUCAUAACUGCCAUACCGCCAUUUUAAAAUGAUGUAGCCGUGUUAUUUCUUCCUAAAUUCUAUUCAAUUUUAAUUUGUCAUCAUCUGAAAUUUGAUUAGACGACUUCUUGAUUUUGAAGCACAUCUAAUGGUAGGUGAUUACCGCAGUUUUUUUCUUUCUACUUUAGUUGAUAUUUGUAAUAUUAGAACUGAGUGGAAUUCUAGACGUGUGUUCGAUUUGAUACAAAUCGAUAGAUUUUUGUUUAAGAAAUGCGUUAUAAAAACAUUUUAUUAUAUUUAUUCCAAUGAAUGGUAUGUAUAUUGAAAUUAAAUUUUAGGAGGUAAUAAAUACAAUUCUACGUACAAUCA